AUGUCCUUCGACCUAUACGUAGUGUACCUUUGUCACUAUGAUCACGGCGACCUAGCCAAUAAGUUCAUGAUCCACAAAGAAAAUGUCUUUGCGAUCCAACGACAGCGUCUCUCUUGGCCUAUGGCUUUCCGAUAUGACCUUGCCAUCCGAGUGCCUGUCCUAACUUUCAGAAACGCAGAUGGAACCCUAGCCAACCCAGCGGUACGGGACGAAACCAAGGAACGCGACGCACUUCUUGAUUCCGAGAGACUGCAAGACUUCCGCAGAGAGUUCUCCGAUGUUAACCCUUAUGCCAAUGGACAAGUUAAACAAAAUGUUAACCCGAUUUCUGGAGAACACUACAAGAACCAAUCUGCGACCUACUCCUACAACUCCAACGGCCUACCCAAUCACCAAAGAUACGAGAACACUAGCGGUAAACCCAAUGCGCGAUCCUGGGCUUAUGCCAAUGGCCAACCUACGUACGACGGACCAGGUAGUAAUGGUUACAAUACCUGGGAAGAUCGCGGCGGAAGCGGUCACAACCGUAGCAGUCGUGGCCGUGGUCGCAGUGGCCACUGGCAAGACUAUUCCAACAACGUCCGCGAUUACAGUGAGGGUAGUGGCUUGUGGAGAAGAGACAGACGCGAAGACCGCUGCGGCGAUGAGCGUGACGUUAAUAACCCUAGAAAUAGUGGAAGUGGGAAGGCAAAGGCCCAGGGUACCACGUUUGAUUCCCUAUACAAAUUCAGGCCGUCAUUUCGACAAAAGAUGGCCAAAAGACCACGUAGUGUUGCGGUAUCGGAGGCGAUGUUGAGGAAGUCUUAG